ACCAUUUGCACACCCAGGCACCCAGCCCACGAGAUUAGCCUCGAGCGCAGCACAGGCUAAUGCAAAAUACUACACUCCACGAACACCACUUCAAAAGCAAGAAAUUCAGCAGCUACACAGAGCAGAGAGCAGCGGCGGCCGGAGGUUGCGAUGCGCGGCGGCGAGGGGAAGCCCGGCAGGAGCCCGAAGAGGCAGCUCAACGCCGGCUACGUCGUCGGCGGCCUCCUCAUGCUCCUCACCUAUCUCGUCGCUCAGCAUUUCGCGGUCAGCUCCCCCAAUGUUGUCAUCACGGAAGCACCACGGAUCGUGGAUGAUGUCAAAGCUCCCGUUGAAGCAGCAGUUGUCAGUACGGAAGCACCACAGAUCGUGGAUGAUAUCAAAGCUCCCGGCGAAACAGCAGUUGUCAGUGCCGAAGUACCACAGAUCGUGGAUAAUAUCAAACCUCCCGGCGAAACAGAGAAUGGCAAGGUGGUGUGUAACAUGGAGGGCCGCUCCGACACCUGCGAAGUCGACGGUGACGUGCGCACCAACGGCACAGCCCUGUCGGUGACCCUCGUCCCGGCGGCGAGCUGGCCGGAGCGCCACGAGUGGACGAUCAACCCGUACUCGCGCAGGUUCGCCAGCCUCAGGAAGGUCACCGUGACGCAGCUGCAGGACCGGGCCGCCGCCCCGCCGUGCACGGUGACCCACGACAUGCCGGCCGUCCUGUUCGGGAUCGGCGGGUACGCGGCCAACUACUGGCACGCCUACGCCGACAUCCUGGUGCCGCUGUUCGUCGCGUCGCGGCGGUACCACGGCGAGGUCACGUUCCUGGUCAGCAAUAUCCAGUUCAGGCCGCGGUGGCUGGUCCAGUACAGGGCCUUCCUGCAGGGGCUGUCCAAGUACGACCUCGUGGACAUGGACGGCGACGCGCAGGUGCGGUGCUUCCCGCGCGUCACGGUGGGGCUCCGGCUCGACAAGGAGCUGAGCAUCGUCCCCGAGCUGGUGCCGGGGGGCCGCCUCUCCAUGGCCGACUUCACCGGGUUCCUGCGCGAGACCUACGCGCUCCCACGCGGCGCGGCGGCCAGCCUGGCCUGGGAGCCGGAGAAGAAGCCGCGGCUGCUGCUGAUCCACCGGGGCCACUACCGCCGCAUCCUGAACGAGCCGGAGGUGGCGCGGGCGGCGGAGGAGGCGGGGUUCGAGGCGGUGGUGACGGAGCUGCGGGGCGGGGGCGACACGCCGGAGGGGGAGGUGGAGCAGGCGCGGGUGGUGAACUCGUUCGACGUGGUGCUGGGCCUGCACGGCGCGGGGCUGACCAACGCCAUGUUCCUGCCGCCCGGCGGCGUGCUGAUCCAGGUGGUGCCGUACGGGAACAUGGAGGACAUCGCGAGGGCGGAGUUCAGCGAGCCCGCCACGGACAUGGGGCUCAGUUACCUCGACUACAGCGUGAGCGCGGAGGAGAGCUCGCUGAUGGAGACGCUGGGGCCGGAGCACCCGGCGGUCAAGGACCCCGCCUCCGUCCACCGCAGCGGCUGGGACAAGGUGUUCGAGCUGUACCUCGCCAAGCAGAACGUCCGCAUCAACACCACCCGCUUCGCCCCGACGCUGGCGCAGGCGCUCGACCACCUACGCCGGCAGUAGCUAGGGGCAGAGGACGCCGGAGGCGACGCCAUUGGCAUUUGCAUAUAGCACAAUUUAACCGUUUUCUGUCAUUCGGUGGUAAAGCGUUCGCUUGUACAAGGAGUAGUUCACAUUCGUGUUCAGCUUUUUA